UUUGUAUUUUAAGGAAAAUUUGAAUAAUAAUUUGUGUACAUUACAAAAAACAAAUAAAUAACAUGGCUUCUUUAGAACCAGCACAAAAUAAAACGUGGGACUUAUCGUUGUACGAGUUGCAACGCAAACCACAAGAAAUCAUUACAGACAAUACAGAAAUUGCAGUUUCACCCAGAAGUCUACACAGUGAACUAAUGUGUCCCAUAUGUUUGGAUAUGCUAAAGAAAACAAUGACCACUAAGGAGUGUCUGCAUCGAUUUUGCCAAGAUUGCAUAAUAACAGCAUUGCGUUCGGGCAACAAAGAGUGUCCCACUUGCCGGAAAAAACUGGUGUCAAAGAGAUCUUUGAGGCCAGAUCCAAAUUUCGAUUUAUUAAUCUCGAAAAUUUAUCCCAGUCGUGAAGAGUAUGAAGCUAUUCAGGAGAAGGUAAUGGCUAAAUUUAAUCAAACUCAGUCACAGCAGGCUUUGGUGAAUUCCAUAAAUGAAGGCAUUAAAUUGCAAAGUCAGAAUAGGCCACAACGUUUUAGGACCAAGGGAAGUGGGGGUGGUGGUGGCGCUGGAGGAGUUGCUGCUACUGCUGCUGUUGGCCCAGUUCGAGCUUCUAAUGCUAAUCAUAAUUCAUCCCAUUCACACAAUGUAUCGAAUGAGAGUAAUACAAAUGGUAAUGAAAGUGAUACAAAUACUAGAGAAAGUACCACCACAACAACAGCACCGCCAGUUGUGACCGUUGCUAUAAAUGCUCCAACUACAACUGCUUCAACCCAUUCCAAUACCACAACUAUUGCUGUGGCUUCAUCUGUUACCGUAGGCAUUGCAGCUAGUACUUCAUCAACUCGCAUGGAUGAUGGUGGCUCCAAUCCACCCUCUGUACGUUCCACUCCCUCUCCAGUACCUUCCAAUUCGAGCAGCUCAAAACCUAAACGGGCAAUGUCCGUAUUGACAUCUGAACGUUCAGAAGAAUCCGAGUCUGACUCUCAAAUGGACUGUCGCACCGAGGGUGACUCAAACAUAGACACCGAAGGUGAAGGAAAUGGUGAAUUGGGUAUUAAUGAUGAAAUUGAAUUGGUUUUCAAACCUCAUCCCACAGAAAUGGCUGGCGACAAUCAGUUAAUGAAGGCCUUGAAAGAGAAUUGUAUACGCUACAUAAAGACAACGGCCAAUGCUACAGUUGACCACUUGAGCAAGUAUUUGGCUUUACGUUUAACUCUUGAUUUGGGUUCCGAACUUCCCGAAGCUUAUCGUAUGCUCAACUUUUGCAUCUAUGUUGCUCCUCAACCCUCUCAGUUGGUUAUUUUGAACGGCAAUCAAACUUUACAUCAAGUGAAUGAGAAAUUCUGGAAAGUCAAUAAACCCAUGGAAAUGUUUUAUUCGUGGAAGAAAUCAUAAAUAUGUUAAGUUGAAGCAUCAAAUUAAGAUUCAGAAUAUCACUUCUUAUUAUAAAAUAUUUUCGUAGUUUUUAAAAUAAUGUUUAAUUUAAAAUUAAGAGUUUUAAGUAUAGUUUGCAUAUUUUUUCACCCAAAAUCAUAUUGACAUUUGUUGUUAUACUCAUCCUUCCUUAGAGAAACAGUUCUUUCAGCAAUAAUAAAUUAAAAUGCUUUUUAUUGUAAGAUCAAUGUCUAUGUUAUUGAAUUAAUAAAAAAGAUUUAGUAUUUAACAAAAA